AUGUCAUCGCCACCAUUUGUUGCAGUAGCUGGCGCCGCCGGUGGCCUUGGUCAGCUUGUUGCAUUAGCGCUCGUGAAGCGAGGUGCAACUGUGAAGGCUCUCGUGCGCCCUAACACCGAUCCAUCGCGUACCGAGAAGCUUCGCAAUGCCGGGGUCACUGUCACUCCUGUUGAUCUUUCUGCGGGCCCGACUCUCACUCGUGAACUAACUGGCGCAACCUGUGUCGUCUCCACCCUCCAAGGACUAAGAGAUGUGAUUCACACCGCGCAGGGACAGCUUCUUGACGCCUCCGUUGCCGCCAAGGUCCCACGGUUCAUCCCUUCGGACUUUUCGCUCGACUUCACAAAGACUAAGCCAGGGUCCAAUCGCAACUUGGAUCUACGACGUGAGUUCCACGCUACCUUGAGAAAAUCGGGCAUCGCAUGGACGAGCAUUCUCAAUGGUGGCUUCAUGGACCUGAUGGUUGGUGACUCGCCAAUGGUCAACCACAAGGCGCAUACCGUUGCGUACAUCAGCUCGACCACGCAGCUCCUCGAUUUCACAACGAUGGCGGAUACUGCUGCAUACACGGCGGCUGUGGCUACAGACCAAAAUCCUACGCCAAACUUCCUUCGUAUUGCCAGUGAUACUGUCUCUAUCGACGACAUCGUUCAGGCACAAACCAAUGUUGAAGGUGUGACAUACAAACCCUCCUGGAUGGGUAGUGUCGGCUCCACGCAGCUCAUGAUUCGUAUUAUGCGAUUUUUUGGCGGUGAGAAUGACGUCUUCCCUGCAUGGCAGGGCAUGCAAUAUAUGGAAAACAUGUUCUCUGGUGCUGGAAAGCUUGACCCUCUCGAUAACAACCGAUACCCGGAGGUGAAGUGGACUAAAAUUGAGGAUUUCUUUCGCGAGCACACGAACAAGUGA